AUGACUACAACAUUCCCCAAACAGCCUGCCUUUUCUAAGGCGGGCGCUACUGCUCACGUCGAGUCUGUCACGACUGACUCGAACGACAACCUCUCCCAAGAGCUUGUCGAUGCCAUGCAGGCUAUCUUUGGCAAGCACCAGGGCUACCGCACAACUCACGCCAAGGGCCUCCUCGUCCAAGGAACCUUCACCCCUACCCCCGAGGCCAAGAACCUUACCACCGCAGCACACUUCAACAAGCCAUCCACCCCAAUCACCGCACGCUUCAGCGUGGGCGGUGGCAUCCCCAAUAUCCCCGAUGCCUCGGACACGGCGACCCCCAAGGGCGUCGCGAUCCGCUUCCAGCUCGGCGGGGACACGUACACGGACCUGAUUGCGCACUCGUUCAACGGGUUCGCCACCCGCACGGGCGAGGACUUCCUGACGUUCCUGGGGCUGAUCCUCGCGCUGCGGCAGGGCAAGCCCGACGCGCAGCAGAACAUGGGCGCGUUCCUCAAGUCGCACCCGGAGGCGCAGACCUUCUUCACCGCGGACAAGCCCAACCCGCACAACUACGGCACCAUCGUGUACUACCAGCCCAACACGCACGUCCUGACCAACGCGCAGGGCAAGAAGACCAACCUGCGCUACCGCCUCGUUCCGCAGGAUGGCGAGCACCUGUACACCAAGGACGAGCUCCCCGGACUCGCCCCGGCGUACCUGCACGAGGACCUGCUCACGCGCUUCCCCGCCAAGCCCCUCGUGCUGGAGCUCCAGGCGCACAUCCCCGGGCCCGAGGACGCGGGCAAGCUCGAGGACGCGACGCAGCCGUACGCGAGCCAGACGUUCAUCCCCGUGGGCAAGAUCGUGCUGGACAAGGUCCUGUCCGACAAUGCUGCCACGCAGCAGCAGAUCGCGUUCAGCCCAGUCCCGGAGAAGGGCGGCGUGUCGGGCAUCGAGUCGUCUGGGGACCCGCUGAUCAGUGCGCGCAAGGGGGUCUACUGGGUCAGCUCGGACCAGAGGAGGCAUGAGAGGAGGACCGAGGAUGUCGGGUUCAAGAUGCCUUAG